UUACGAGUCAAAAACAGCAUCAUGGUAAACUCAACUCAUAUUUCAUACUUCAUAUUCAAUGCCUAUUUUUACAGUGACAAUUUAAAAUAUUUAUAUUUCAUUAUUGUCAUGUCUUUAUAUAUGUUAAUUAUUGGUGCUAAUCUUCUGCUCAUUGUGGUUAUCUGUAUGAACAGAAGCUUACAUGAACCUAUGUACCUUUUUCUGUGCAGCCUGUUUGUAAAUGAGCUGUAUGGUAGUACAGGGUUGUUUCCAUUCCUUCUGCUUCAGAUUCUCUCUGACAUUCACACUGUUUCUGCUCCCUUUUGCUACCUGCAGAUUUUCUGUUUAUAUUCUUAUGGAAGUAUAGAAUUUGCCAAUUUAGCCAUCAUGUCUUAUGACAGAUAUCUUGCUAUCUGUUAUCCUUUACAAUAUAAUACACGUAUGACAUUUAAGAAGGUUGUCUUGCUUAUUGGUGUAUCAUGGUUAUGCCCAUUUCUUAUAAAUGUUGUCACAGCAUCUUUGCGUUCCCCUUUACAGCUGUGUGGGAACAUUAUCAAUAAACUGUACUGUGACAACUACUCUGUUGUUAAACUGGCCUGCUCUGACACCACAGCCAAUAACAUUUAUGGAUUCAUUGUCACUUCUCUCACAAUCGUAUGUCCUGUAUCUCUAAUCCUUUACACUUACGUGAAGAUUCUUAAAGUGUGUUUUUCUGGUUCUAAACAGACCAGACAAAAAGCUGUCAGUACCUGCACUCCUCACCUUGCUUCUCUCUUGAACUUUUCUUUUGGUUGUUUCUUUGAAGUAUUUCAGAGUAGGUUUAACAUGAACAGUGUACCAAACAUGUUGCGAAUAUUUUUAUCAUUAUAUUUCCUUACAUGUCAGCCCCUUUUCAACCCUGUGAUGUAUGGACUGAAUUUGUCCAAAAUCCGUAUCAUAUGUAAGAGUCUGAAAUGUAGGAUGUCCAACAGAUUUUGUUAG